AAGCGGGGAGUUUUGUUGCUGUGUAAGUUUUUGUGCCCAAACAACUUUAGGGAAUGUUUGUUGUGAAUACUUUUGAUGGUUCCGACGAACCCGUGAGACCUACAUCAGGUGGUAGAAGACGUCGUUUAAACAAAGACAACCAUGAACGAGAGAAAAUGAAGAAAAUUCGCCAUUCUGGUGGCGGGCUGAUUCCCUCCGUUGGAUGUAAACACACUGCUGCUAAAAACUUUUGCCAUGCAGAUACAUUAACACCGGAUGACAUCGUAAUGAAUUUUCAGACGUUUUAUGAUAAGCCUGGUAAGGUUGAACAGGACAGGGCUCUACUUCAUCUGAUGACAAUAACAGAAGUUAAACGGCAGCGUCAAAAGGUUGACGAUGAAAACCGAAGAAAGGACAGGAACAUCUCUGUGAAAUACAGUCUGCUGUGUAAUGACCAUCCGCAUAAAGUACCAGUUUGCAAACCAACAUUCCUCACAGUGUUGGACAUCAGGAAAGACCGUGCCUCCCGGGUUGCCCAGUAUUAUGCUGAGACUGCUGAGACACGUCCAGAGAGAAGAGGUGGUGCACGAAAUAUUCAGGAGAACAAACAGCGAAGGCAAUUAAUUGUUGAACACAUACAGUCUUUCACAUGCAGGGCCAGCCACUAUGGACGGAGAGGAGCACCAGGCCGCAAGUAUCUCCCUUGUGAUCUGAAUGUACGCAAGAUGCAUGAGCUCUUUGAGGCUCUCAACCACACGCACACAAGCUACUCCCUGUAUUCUGUGUUUGCCAGUGACUUCAAGCUUGGCUUUGGCCACCCAGCUACGGACACAUGUUCUGAUUGUGCCAAAUACAAAAUCAGAAUUUCUGAUCCAAAUUUGACUGAAAGAGAGAAGCAAAUAGAAUCUGCAUCAUUCAUUUUGCAUCAUCGCAGAGCUCGCAUGUUCUAUGACCUUUUAAAUAGGGUUGCUAAUGAUUAUGUAACAGUCUGCUUUGAUAUGAUGCAAAACUUGAUUCUUCCGAAAACUCCAAUAGGACAGGCUUACUACUCACGUCAGCUGUAUCUGUACUUAUUUGGUGUUGUUAGACACCAUGUAGAAAACAGUUACCAGAGAAAAGACGACAUCCACCUCUACAUGUGGCAGGAAAAUGAAAGCAGCAAGGACAGCAAUAUGAUUGCAUCUGCAUUAAAUGAUUGCUUCAAGGUUCGCCUUGAGGGUGAAAUCCGUAAAUCCAAGGGGCUUCGGCUGUUUAGCGACUCUUGUUUUGGGCAAAACAAAAAUCUGACUGUGGUGUCCAUGCUCAUGGAACUUAAACAGUUUUUUCCCAGCCUUGGCAUUGAGCACACCUUUCCAGUUAGAGGGCACAGUUAUCUCCCAGCUGACCGUGUUUUUGGUAGGAUUGAACAGAAGAUCAGGAAAACUGACUCAAUUCGUCUACCACAAGAAUAUCAUACUCUCUUGCAGCAGUUUGGCAAUGUUUACAUUUAUGGCACAGACUGGAAGGCAUUUGAUUAUAGGUCAGCCACAAAAGAAUGUGUGAAGGCUCAGAGAAGCUUUAAGAUCAGUGAUGCACGCAUGCUUGACUUGAGCACCAACAAGGUUGGCUUCAAGACAGUGUACAACGGGGAGUACUGUUUUCACAGUGUGUUGAAACGGAGCAAGCGGUGGGCUGACCUGAAACCUGCCAUACUUCCAAAGCAGUCCACAGUGAAAGUCUCAAAGAAGCAUGAUGUGCUGGCACUUCUGGAAGCAAUAGGUGUGUCUGAUGGAGUGAGGGCUUUUUAUAAUGAGGCAUUAUCUGAGGUGAAUGAAAAUGCAUACCAGAGUGAUGAGGAUGCACAGUAAACGCAGAAACACACACACACACACUGUGGUCUGUCAGACUUGUCAGACAUCCUCCUUACCCCUCUGAGGAUGGUGCACACACAAACAAUCCCACUCAAUUUUUGGUCUGGCAAAGUUGUAAAAUCAUCCCUCUUACCUCUCUCAGAAUAACACACACACACCUGUGGUCUAGCAGAGUUGUCAAACAUACAACUUACCCUAACCUCUCUCAGGAUGGCGAGCACACACACAAAUACGUACAGGUUCAACACUAAACUUACUACUGAAUGUAUUAUCAAUGAUUGUUGUUUUUAAAUGGUGUUUUUGUCAUGCUAUUUAGGUGGCACUUCAGUAGGUUCAAGAUGUAAGAAUUAAUUUAAUAUUGAGCACUAAAGUAAUUUCUGUGUGUUAAUUUUUGUUUUAUGUAGCAGGUAAAGUUGCUACUUUUCCUUUUCUUAGGUUCAGCAUUUUACUGAAGAACUUGAAUAAGUCGACUACUUAAUGUAUUUUUUUUUAUCAAAGUUCAUAAUAGUUUGGCGUUACAGGUUCAGCACUUUACUGAAUAACUUGAAUAACUCUACUGAAUGUAUUUUUUUUUUAGCAAAGUUCAUAAUAGUUUGGCGUUACAGGUUCAACACACUAUUGAAUGUAUUUUGUAUCAAUAUUGAUUAUUGUUAUUUAACACACACACACACACACACACACACACACACACACACACACACACACACACACACACACACACACACACACACACACACACACACACACACUUGAGAGUUGUCAGACAUCCCCCUUACCUCUCUCAGGAUGCUGCACACACACAUACAGGUUCAGCACUUAACUGACUACUGAAUGUAUUCUUAUCAGUGAUUAUUGUUUUUAAAUUGUGGUUUUGUUAUGCUAUUUAGGGUUGCACAUUGAAUGGAUUGCAAAAAAUGAACUGACUGUUUAGUUAGUUGUUUUCCAUGGUGGAUAGUCUAAAAACGUAAGAUUAAGCAUGUGGGAAUGAAUGUUAUGAAGUGUUACUUUAUUAUUGCUUUUAUUACAAAUUGUUUGAUGAAAUUUCCUGAUAUCUACAACAUGUUCUCUUGUUUUAAAAUCAGAAAGACUG